UCUCACGAAAGGCCACAAAACGAAAAAAAAACAUUCAAGACUGUAUGUAUAUUAAUAAAAUAUAAAAGAAUAUAAUAUAAUUUUGCGAACAUUCGAUUAGAACUACAAACACGCGUGUUAAAAAACUACAAACAUGGCAGAUAUGCGAGACCAACCGACGGACGUCCCAGGAAGACGGGCUUCCCGCGGUUGCUAUGCAACGCGUCUACAACCGCCGUGAUGCGCGCGGAAACGGAACAAAAGCAAAACAAACUGUGGAAAUUGUUGUAAUAAUUAAGUGUAUCUGUUAGAUAACAGGUGUUUGCUUCAAGGUAUCAGACAGAGACUCCGGCUGUACAAGAGUCUGUUUGGCGUCUCAUAUUGAGAGAAAUGGAGAGUUAUGAGCAGUUUUACAGCAGGACUCUGAACGCGCUGCUGCCGCCCGCCUGCAGUUCCUCACCGCGGCCGCAGAGGGCGCUGUCCACCAUUCACUUCCACGGCAGGAGACUCUUACAGCCUGUGGUGAGUGAAGCGCUGCGUGUUCAGAUGGCUGAGGACAGACAGACGGCGGUGGACAGAGACAGGAGGAGACACACGCCACACACAGACGCUCUCCUGGAGCGAGUGCAGCACAUCCUCAACAACAUCCAGAUGAAGAAGGUGCAUAAGGAGCCAGACAACACAAUGACGCCCACAUCAGACUCCUCUCUGACACUCGGCUCCAAAACCAGCCCGAUCCGCUCCUGCGUGAGGCCGUGUACGGCUCCAGCUCCGAAGCAGACACUCAGUCCCAGCAGCUCUCUGAAGAGAGAGACCCUCCGUCUGCUCAACCAGCGCAUGGAGAAGCUGACAUCUGACGAGUCCAGUGACCCAGAAUCCACUGAUUCCAGCCUGGUCGGGCUCUGUCUCAGUCUGACGGGCUCCUACGCCCAGUUACCCAGCCCUCAGCCCAGCCGCAGCCCUCUCACGCGGAGACCACGAGCGAACGCCUCCGCCGUGAACAUCCUCAUCUCCAGCCCCGUCAGCGAGUGUGAGCUCAGCGCCGCCGGAUCUGAAACACACCCGUCAGGAAUAAAUAAUGAACAACGUUUAGCUUUUAAAGCAUCUUUGCCGCCCUCUCCUGGUGCAGAAUGGAACUGCAGCGCUUCAGAGUUCAGUGACAGACAGCUGUCAGUCAUGACCUCCACACCCAGCAGGUUAGAUGAAACACAAGAUGUGAGAUGUGAGAAACCCAGACCGCCCCGUCGCUCACCUCUGGCGCCUCUCAACCGCUCCUAUGAUGUAGAGAAUCCCUCGCCAUCCUUGAACAGACCGCAAGUGGAUUCAGACGGGCCGAUCCAACACCGAUCAGAGACAGAGAGACACUCACAGCAGCUCCUGCACGAUCAGAUGAACAUCAAACAGCUCAGUGUGACACAAGACAAGACUGGAGUGGAGCAGCAGAUUCAGGCUUUGGAAAUGUUGCGUAAGCGUUUAGAGAGAGAACAAGCUCACCAGAUUUCUGAGCUUCUCACGGUGCAGGAGAGACAAACACGGCACCUACAGCAGGAGCAGCAGAUGAAGGCUCUCUGUCGUCUUACCGCCGUGGCUCGAGGUUUUCUGACACGCAGACUCCUACAGACGGACAAAAUCACACACCUGCGCAAAACCAUACAGGACUCCAGGGAUUUCAUCCGAUCCUUCCAGACAGAUUCCCAGCUGAAGAGAGUCUCCGUCUCCCAUCAGGACCUGUCCUUAUAUCAGCGCGUCACAGCUCUGCUGCGAUCAGCGCUGCAUGACGUCCAUCAGAUCUUCAUUGUGUGGCCUGUGAGAGACAGACUGACUCUGCUGCAGCACGACAGAGAGAUACGCAGAGAGAGGACACUCAGAGACAUGGACAAAGACAGUCCUGGAAACACACGGAUUCUGUCCUCGGCCACUCAGAAGACGCUGGACAGGAAGACUCAGAGGCAAGCCAAGAAGACACAAGUGAUUCCCAAGAGCUCAUCAGCAAGGAUCCUGCAGCCUCGUCUCAGUCACAACAGCGUCUGCUCCUCUCAGAGUGCGGUGAAGAAGAGAGACGAGUGUUUGGGAGCGAGACAACAACGAUCGCUUCACAGGAAGUAUCUGUCACUGGGAUGAAAACACACAUGAAUGAUAUGCACAUUUCACAAGUGCCUUUAUGACUCAAUGUUCAUUGCUCAGAAUGAAUUCUAAAAAUAAAUCUAUACAGUAAACUUCAUUAGUGAUUAUGCACUCAAUAUUCUUUGAAUGUACACAACCGUUCAAAAGUUUGGGGUCAGUAAGACUUGUAAUAGUCUUUAAAGAAGUCUCUUCUGCUCAUCAAGGCUGCAUUUAUUUGAUUAAAAAUAUAGAAAAAACAGUAAUAUUGCAAAAUGUUUUUACAAUAUAAAAUAAUGUUUUUUAUUUUAACAUACUUUAAAAUAGAAUUUAUUCCUGUGAUGAAAAGCUGAAUUUUUAUCAGCUGUUACUCCAGUCUUAAGUGUCACAUGAUCCUUCAGAAAUCAUUCUAAUAUGCGGAUUUAUUAUUAGAACGAUCAGUGCUGGAUAAUAUCAACAGUUGUGCUGCCAAAUAUUUUUUGGAACCUGUGAUUUUUUUUUUUUUUCAGGAUU